UGUAUUACUCCGUACCUUCUACACAUCAGGGGAAUGAGGCUGUCUCCGGCUCCUGCUCUCGGUCCAAGUCUCGCUGGUAGUCUGGUUCUACUCCAUCUAGCUGUGGUGGCUGGUGGGCUCGCCUUGCUCUCGUCUGCCUCUGCCUCUGCCUCUGCCUCUGGGAUGGAGUCUGUCAGAUGCAGGCUCCAAGGCACCCCUCGUCCUCCGGCGUUCUCCCAGGACGGGGACUUUGUCAUCGGGGGUGUUUUCUCCAUGCACUACUACAUGCACUCUGUGGAUCACAGCUACACCAGCCUGCCUGAGCCCUUGCAGUGCACAGGGAGUAUGGAUCCCCGUGAGUUACGCUUCUCACGCGCCAUGGUCUUCGCAGUUGAGGAGAUAAACAACAGUUCAGACCUUCUACCAGGUGUCACACUCGGUUAUCAAGUGCACGACUCGUGCUCCUCGGUCCCCAUGGCCAUAAAAGUGGCCUUCCAACUGGCUAACGGCCUGGAUCCCAUGUUUGAUACCGGAGAACAGUGCUCUGGGUCGGCUACGGUGACAGCUAUCGUGGGCGAGUCUGGCUCCACGCCAACCAUCAGCAUGUUGCGCAUCAUCGGCCCUUUCGGCAUUCCUCAGGUGAGCCACUUUUCCACCUGCGCGUGUCUGAGUGAUAAGAAACAGUAUCCAACCUUCUUCAGAACCAUCCCCAGUGAUCAGUUCCAGGCUGCCGCUCUGGCCCACCUCAUCAGGCACUUCGGCUGGACCUGGAUUGGGGCGGUCCGUUCCGACUCUGACUACGGUAAUAACGGGAUGGCGGCUUUCCUAAAGGCAGCACAAGUGGAAGGCAUCUGUGUGGAGUAUUCUGAAGCCUUCUACCGUACCAACCCACUCAGCAGAGUGCAACGGGUGGCCGACGUGAUCCGCAGCUCCACAGCCCGGGUGGUGGUUGCAUUUGCAGCCACUGGGGACAUGAGGAUCCUGCUGAGGGAGAUGGAACGCCUGCCCUCUCCGCCCCGCCAGUGGAUCGGGAGCGAGACCUGGGUCACUGACCCAGAUAUGCUGCGCUUUGCAAUGUGUGCCGGGGCCAUCGGAUUUGGCAUCCAACGCUCUGUCAUCCCCGGCCUCAGGGACUUCCUCCUGGACCUCUCCCCACAGAAGGUGUCCAACUCUCCCCUGCUCACUGAGUUCUGGGAGGGAGCCUUUGGCUGCCAGCUGGGGACCUCUACAGGUGUUGGGGUUGAAGAGAAGGUGUGUGAUGGCAGUGAGGAUAUACAGCAGCUACAGACCCCCUACACAGAUACAUCCCAGCUGCGUGUCACUAACAUGGUGUAUAAAGCUGUUUAUGCCAUAGCACACGCCAUCCACAGCAUCGUUUGUGAAGAGAGAGAAAACUCCACUGUUUACUGUGACAAUCACCUCCAUGUGAAGCCAACACAGGUCCUGGAGAGAUUGAGGAGGGUGAACUUCUCUCGUAACGGGUACCAGGUGUCUUUCGAUGCUAACGGGGACCCAGUGCCCACAUAUGAGCUGGUCAACUGGCAGAUAGGAGAGAGUGGGAAGAUGGAGUUUGUGACAGUGGGGCGCUAUGAUGCGUCCCUGCCUCCUGACCAGAGGUUUGACAUGGAGAGGGAAAUCACCUGGGUAAAGAACAGUACACAAGUACCUGUGUCAGUGUGCAGUGAGAGCUGUCCCCCAGGCACUCGUAAGGCUGUACAGAAAGGAAAGCCUGUAUGCUGUUAUGACUGUAUCCAAUGUGCAGAGGGAGAGAUCAGUAAUAACACAGAUUCUUCAGACUGUCUGAUCUGUCCCGAAGAGUACUGGCCCAACGCUGAGAGAGACCUCUGUAUCCUUAAACCUGUUGAGUUCCUGUCCUUCCACGAGGUCCUCGGAAUCAUCCUGACCGCCUGCUCUGUGGGCGGGGCUUGUCUGGCCAUCGCCACGGCAACCGUCUUCUACCGCCACCGAACUUCGGCCAUCGUCAGGGCCAACAACUCUGAGCUGAGCUUCCUGCUGCUCUUCUCCUUGACUCUGUGUUUCCUGUGUUCUCUUACUUUCAUUGGCCGGCCCUCUGAGUGGUCCUGUAUGCUGCGUCACACAGCGUUUGGGAUCACCUUCGUCCUCUGCAUCUCUUGUGUUCUGGGGAAAACAAUAGUGGUGUUGAUGGCCUUCAGGGCUACACUUCCAGGCAGUAAUGUCAUGAAAUGGUUUGGCCCUUCACAGCAGAGAUUGACUGUAGUGUCCUUCACGUUUGUCCAGGCUUUGAUAUGCACGCUGUGGUUGGUCCUGUCCCCUCCCUUCCCCAUUAAAAACCUCACUACCUACAAGGAAAAGGUCCUUCUCGAGUGUGACUUAGGCUCUGUAGGGGCAUUCUGGGCUGUGUUGGGUUAUAUAGGUCUCCUGUCUCUCUUGUGCUUUGUGCUGGCGUUUCUGGCUCGGAAGCUGCCUGAUAACUUCAAUGAGGCCAAAUUCAUCACCUUCAGCAUGCUCAUAUUCUGUGCAGUCUGGAUCACCUUUAUCCCAGCUUAUGUCAGCUCUCCUGGGAAGUUGACUGUAGCUGUGGAGAUCUUUGCCAUCAUCACCUCUAGCUUUGGGUUGUUCUUUCUAUUAUUUGUUCCUAAAUGCUUUAUUAUUCUGUUCAGGCCGGAGAAGAACACCAAGAAACACCUUAUGGAGAAGACAUCCAAUGAUAAACGUUAUUAAGAAAUGAUCGAGUGGAAAACACAUUGUAACGUUCAGUUAUAUGGUUUAUCAUACAGUUAGGUAGGACGACUCUGACAGAGAUGAACAACAAUUUAGCAGGUAAUCAUUGGUAACAUUGUAACAAUCAGUUAUAUGGUUUAUCAUACAGUUAGGUAGGACUAAUCUAACAGAGAUGAACAACAAUUUAGCAGAUAAUCAUUGGUAACAUUGUAACUAUUAACAUGCAACAGGGUCAAUUUAGAUAUUCCAAUGUUAUGAGAGAUUGUUAAAAUCUAGUGUUAAAAUCUAAUUAGACCUGCUAAAUGAUGUGAUUAGCAGUAGCCUACAGAGUGGAACCACUUCCAUGUUGUUGGAGAAAAGCUUUAUUCCUUUAUGAAUUGAUAUAACAUUGAAGUGCAUGUGUUCAAUUGAUAUUGUAGUUCAUCAUAGUGUAUAUUAUAAUAGUAUAAUAUAAUAAACAUUUUCAGAUA